AUGGAUAAAUCACCGCGCGGUAAAACCAAAAACAAGAAAUCAACAGGCAAGCCUAAAACUCCAAAGAAGCGAAAAAGCGACGGACCAACGUGCUCAAUGUUUCUGGCAGAGCUUACUAGGAAGUUAGCGUCAAAAAAGAAACAACAAGAGGAAUCAUCUAAAAGCAUAGUACAGACCAUCAUAGAUAGUAUAACCAAUGCACUUCCAAUCAAAUUUUUGAAAAGGAAAGCUGAAAUUAAAGAGCUACCCGUAGAAUCGGAGAGUCCACAAAAUAAUGCUUUACCUCUGUUACUCAGUGAUACAGUUGAAGAAACAAAACUAGAAAUUAAAAGUAAUUAUGAUAAUGAUGGUGAUUAUCAAAUGCUUAAUUUAGAAGACACUAUACGAAAAACAUCUUUUAAAGUCCCUAAAAUGCCAGUUAUUAACAGUGAAGAUUUUAAAAUUGCUGCAAAAAGAAGUAAAAGGGCAGUUAAAGAAGAUGCAGCUGUUAAUACUGGAAACGGUAAUGAUGUUGCAAUAGAGCUGGCUAAGCAUGUUAACACUUUAAAGAAGAUAUCGUUGAUUGCAGAGGAAUUUAACAAGAAAACUGGAGCUGAUGAUAACUUAAAGCCGAGUCAUAUCCCUAGAUACAUAAAAAGUUCUAUUAAAGCUGUAAGCCAACCUCGUAAACUUUUCAUCGAUCCAUCACUUGAGAAAACAAAACUUCUUGCAAAAAAACAAGAAACUCAAAUCAAAUCAGGUUCUGCAAUUAAAACAAAACAAGUGCCUGGACAAGCUCUUUUCAACGUCGACAUGGGUAGCGACCGACUUAACGAGUGGCUCAUGGAACCUGUAGCGAACUAUUUAAAGCCACCUGUGAACUUUUUGGCACCAAAUAUACCCAGUACAAUUGUGCCUCAAAUCAGUCAUAGCCAGAAUUGUGUCAAUAAAAAUGUGGCGAUUGAUGAAAAUCAAUUAAGAACAAUGUCUGAUCAAAAUAAAGUCAGUGACUUUGCUGUGGGAUUCGAAAAAACAAAUAUGUCACCUAUUUGUCCUUCAAAUAACGUUAAAAACGGUUCAAUACUAGAACAGGAGUCACCAGUAAAUAAUACAGUACCAGGAUGCCCUUUAUUGGAUCCUCGCAACGAAAGUAUAAAAUUUCAAACUUCGGAUGAUUUUGUAACUAUUAACCAAUUAUUUGAAUGUCGUAGACAUAAAACUAAAGAUAUUUUAAAAAGAAUGGCGCCAUGUAGAAAUGCUAAAGGAGAAUUAAAAGAAAUUAAGAAGCAUACAGCAGGAUGUAAAGAAAAAGUAUUAAACGAAAGAAAAUACAUAAGUGAAAAAACACGACGUUACUUUGUGAAAAAAGGAACACAAAAAGAAACAAAAACUGACAAAAUACCCGCACCAUCAUACGUUGAAUAUUCUUCUGAAAUUCUUCAAAGAAUGACUAACUUAGAAGCUGAAGGUUACAAAACCAUCAGGAGUAUUAAUGAAACGGACAUAGAAGUUCGUGAUGACUAUUCAAGCAAUUACUUUAUGGAGCAUGGCGUCUCCAGCUUGAUUGACGGUCACAGCGUGGAUUGUAUCCACCUUGACAGCUGCAAAGACAGUUUGACUUGUGCCCAAAAGAACGCACUUUUGAACAAAUGUCCUUUGAAGCUGAAUUCAUCUGAGAGAAAUUAUAAGAAACAUUCUAAAGUUACGACUUUGCAAGAUUUGCAACGUUUUAUUUUCAGUGAAAAUGACGACCUGCAGGCUGCGUUACUGCUAUACCACGAAGCAGGGUCGGACGCUGCCGCGAAGGAACAGAAAUCCGCCGAAAUUGCAAACUCUCUUAAGCUGUCCUCUGAUGUCUACAGUAAAAUUGAAUCAGGGACCUUAUAUAAAGGGAACAAGUUACAUACCAAGCAAGCUAACGUCGGACCUUCUAUGUUUCUUUUCGCGGAGAAUAUGAGACAUAAAACACUAGCUAACAAAAAAUAUAGCGGCAAACCCAUCGUACCUCUAGUUAAUUCAAAUGGAUUAAAAAUUUUCAAUAGCAACAUAUCUACAAGUGUGAUGAAAAACAAAUCGACCAAAGAAAAAGGUAAUGAGAAAUCAACCAAUUUAACAGCCACAGACUCAAUAUUAAGAUCCCUAACGGCUGACAAUGCUACAGGUACAGAAGCAUCUCUUACUCUAAUUAGUAAAAAGGAUUCUUCGCUUUUGUCAACGUCUUCGAAUAUACCGCUAACUACAACCUCAAAUGCUCAAGAGGGUUACAAUCAAACCGAAGAGGUGGCUAGCGCUGAAAUAGGUACCAUAUUGAAUUCAGUUUCAACUACCGAGCUAGAAGAAGCUUUUGCUAUAGCGAAAGAUAUAAGCACAGAAAUAACAGAGAUAGCAUCGAGGGAAGUGAACUUAGAAAGAGAAACGUCACGAUAUAUUUGCUGCCGACAGUAUGAAACAUAUUCUCACGGAACAGAAACUGGAAGUUCUAUUCUGGGUCACAGACAAGCUACAAGUACAGAGGACUUGGAACAUUAUACAGAUGUCGGCGUAUCAACAGGAGACUUGAUAAAACAGUACUCCUUUAAUGGCGGCUCACAUCACUCUAAGUGUAGCGUUACUGCAGAUGUACAUCCCGAACAGGCCAACGUGUCGACAAGUGUGACAGGUCAGUUGAAGACCAAGUCGUUUGGUGCGAUGAGUACGCAACGCAACCGCACACAACGAACAGUCACAAUUUACAAGAAGAAACUCGACACGUAUAUUCAAAACGACUGUAGGCGGGAACUGUAUGGUAAAAUAGCUCAUAUUUCACCAUAUCAGUGA